GUCAGUCUAGGGCUUGCACACAACUUGAUAUUUGAAUACUGUACAGAACAUUUGUAUGUUUUACCAACUGCACCAGUCACCCACACGCACAACAGUUAAAGAUUGGUAUGACGGGGCUUAUGAAGAGAAUGUGAUAAUACGACGACCGGUAACUCGUAAUUGAAUUCAUAUAAUCAAUGAUCUGCACAGCGAAUCGCGGCGCUUUAGACGACUGGGCCACCCGUGACCCCGACAGACUAUUUCUUUGAAACAAAUAAUGGCUACUGACGUCAACGGUUCUCCGAAUCUUUCUGACAAAUAUGGUCCAAUGUUCCGGGACCCAGUUUACCGGAAGUUGCGAGAUAUUCUUGAUCUGCCGGCGGGCGAAAGGUCGCUUGAAGCCAUCAUUGGAGGAAUCAAGAUGACAAUAGCUAUCAUGAAAACCCGGAAUGAAUAUCUGGACACCCAUUGUUCCCCUGACAGUGCUACCCUUGAGGAGAUCCGCUUGUUUACAGAGGCAUCUGAUUGGUCCACAGCCAAAGCGAGACAUCACCUGGAAAAGCAAAAGGGGAUUGGCAUGCUGACAGGCAAAUCUGAAGGUGAAUUCCUCAAAUUUUUGGUGAGCAUGCAACAAGCGAAGCGUGUCCUUGACAUUGGCAUGUUUACCGGAUACAGUGCCUUGGCCAUGGCGGAAGCUGUGCCACCAGAUGGCGUGGUGAUCACUUGCGACAUUGAGCAGUACCUGGAAAAAAUCAAUCGGAAGAAGUUCGACGAAUCUCCUCACGGAAAUAAGAUUGAAAUUAAAAUAGGUAACGCCAACGAUACGAUGUUGAGUAUGGCGGAGGAAGGACAGACAUUUGACUUCAUCUUCGUAGACGCUGAUAAAGAAAACUACGUGACGUAUUACAAUACCAUCAUGAAUCAUGGCCUUCUAACGGAUAAUGGGACGAUCGCAUUCGACAACGCUCUACUAAACGGUGGAGCAUAUCUUGAUACUGACAACCCCGCUGAUGCCCUGAACAGGCGGGUGGAGAAGGACACAAGGGUAAGAAGGGUUCUUCUACCUGUGCGAGAUGGCGUACUGCUGGUACGCAGAGUAAAGGAUGUGAUUGGACCACGCUAUGGUCAUGUGUCUACAGAUUAGAGGUCUUCAUCCUACGUUACAUACUGUAGCUAGUGGUAUGUUCCUGAUGCUGCGGAUAGUGUCCUCCUCAACCACGGUGGGACGCGGAUCACCAACGGCAGUUGCCGCUGUCACAUCUGACACAACAGUCAAUACUACUCUUCACUGGAAUAUCUACAUCACAUCGCAGCAACUAAGGCAGUUGUCUUAGAAUUAUGAAGGGCACAGUGACGUGAACUCAUAUAUGACAUUAACAUGAUCAGACUGAGUCCGAAUGGGGUUUCCAAAAACAAAUCCUUAAGUGUUAAUUCAAAUCCACUUUUUUCUUCAUAAGUAUCGUUACGAGGUUAUUCCCAAAUUGAAACGCAAAUGUUAACCGAGAAAUUGGUAUGUACAGAACUUAAUUGUGAAAUGUAAACAUUGGUGAUCAAUCUUUACAUGUUACACACUGUAUGAGUGAGUGAGUGAGUUGGGUUUAACGCCGCUUUUAACAGUAUUACAGUUAUAUCACGGCAUGUCAGCUUAAUGUGGGAGGAAAGCCCGAAGUGAUGCACUUUUACCACUUCGGUGAAACCCACGAGCACGGGUA